GGAUAGCGAUGAGGGCCCAUGGAGCAAGGGUCGAAGUUCGAAUGGUAAAAGUGUGGGAAGACAAAGGAGUUGUCGUUCGGUAAGACGAAAGGUAAUUGGUAUCCUAAGGCGUCCGGAGGAAGUGAGACAAGGUGAGGGUGGCAGCCGGGAGCGAUGUGGGCUGCAUAGGGAGGAAAUUCAGGCGACUGUGGGUAUACAGGUGAUAAGGGAAUUCUUCGACUGUUCAGUUAGCAAAGCUCGACGAUAUGAGCGGCGAGUGAGAGUAUGUGGGAAUAAACGGGAGUCGAGGAACAGAUGGGCUCUUCGUCGGACCUGCGAUAGGAUGUGUUGGCGCGUUUGCCAUCGAUAGAGUUACUGCCUCGUCUUCAUUUUUGAUGAUGAUCUGCCCUAAACCUGUUGGAUGCCCAUGACAGUCGUCAUACACCACAGCCUGUCGUAUGUGAAGCGCAGUCUGGCGCACAAGAUCCUUGAGCUCUUGCCAGCGACAUUGGGGUGGAAUCUGCUCUCAUGCAUACACACGAAAACAACAUAUUCUUCCUCAUGGGACCGACUUCUCUGUCGCCCAUUCUUACUUUGCGGUGUUGGAGGCAUCACCACAGCUUUCACACCUGUUCGCCGAACGCUAAAACAGAUGAAUAAAGUCUGGGUCAAGGCGGAUGUUGACUUCACAAGAUCCAAGCUGAGUUCACGGACCGGGGGUUUAAAUAGAGCCUAUGUGGCUGUUGGCGGUGUUGUGAGAGAGCAGAUGCUAAUAAAGCCCUUCUCGCUGAGGGUGCUUAGAAGAACCUGAGGGAUCAACUCAAGAGUGUUCAAACCUCUCGCGAAUAUAAAUGGAGCAAAGAUCUGGCGGACUGGGGGGUUAGAUAGAUGGUUCUGGCUCGGUUCUUAUCACAAGUAAAGGUGUCUCACUAGAAGGUAAACAAGGCUAUUCUCUCUGAGGGAAUUGUUGCUCAGAAAAAGAAUAAAACAAAAGUGGUAUUAAGCCGGAGGCUCAA